AUGCAAGUCUGUGACUGUGAAGCCAAUUGUAUCCAACAGCAUGAACUCACGAGCUCAGCUUGUCAAGGAAGUUCUGAUGAUAUGGCCAGAGCGCAAGAUGGUUCAUGGCAAACCACGACACAAUCGCAGGGCUCGGUGGAACGUGCCAACAGGGAUAUUGAAGCAAGUCUCGCAUGUUGGAUGAAGGACAACAACUUUACGCAAUGGUCACAGGGACUGCGCUUUGUCCAGUGGAAGAAAAAUACCCGCUUUCACUCCGGAAUUGGAAGGACACCAUAUGAGGCCAUGUAUGGACAGAAGGCUCGUCUUGGUGUUGACGCAACUUCUGUACCAGAGGAAGUCCUGGACGGUAUGCAGACGGAGGAGCAGCUUGCAGAGGCACUAGGUGUUGUCAAUGAGGUCACAGACACAGAGGAGGAAGAGACAGGUGUUGAAGAGCAAGAAGAACCAUCCGCUGUCAUUAACUGA